AUGCUUUUGAUUGGAAAGCCACAAAAUGAAUCCAAAGAACGGCAUAAAGACGCAAUUUCACGGCAAAUAUCUGUAAAAAAGGGUUCCAAUAAAAAACAACGGCAAAAAUGUCAUUUGACUGCACUAUCCCCUGAAGUCUUUAUAAAUAUUUGCCAGUACCUUCCGCCCGAAGAUUUGAACCGUUUAGCUCUUACUUGCAAAUCGUUUUUUAAUUUCCUUUUUUCCGAGUCAGAGUCUACGCAAUUGAUGUGGAAGCAUUCGCGCACAAAAUACUCCUCGUUUCACCGUCAGUUACCACCACCCAGAGGAAUGAGUGAACUAGACUAUACGAAAUUGGUGUUUGGCAAAAUUUGUCAAAUUUGCAAAUGUCGGAUAUUUAAACCGAAAAUUGAUUGGAAUUUUCAAGUUCGCUGUUGUACUGAAUGCUAUAACCAAAAUGUUGGAACUGUUUUAAAAAUCAUGUCAAAAUUUCCGGUACGACUUCCAGAAUCAGUAUGGAAAACCUUACCGCACCGUUACAACUCAAAAAGUGAACGAAUAUAUUGGAUCGCAGAUGUAAUAGUCCGUUAUCAAGAAUACAAAGCUCUCGAUAACGAUAACGAUAACAAUGUGACUGAAAAAACAUUGUGGAUCGAGAAAAAAGCUGCCGAGAACGCAGUUUACAUAGAAGAUCAAGCCCACCGCGAUGAGCUUUACAAACGCUCAUUUCGACAUAAAAGCGCAAACAAGCGUCUAGGAAAGAAAGCACGAAUUGAGACAAUCGAUGCUCGAAUAGCUGAAUUCUGUUCGCAGUGUUCGCAGUACGAUUUUUUGUUGAUGAGAAAAUGUCCGUCGUAUAAUUUGGCUAUAUCGGCUGGAACAGUGUUCACGAAUCGUAGUUGGACCAUCUUACGAAAUAAGUUGGUGAAGGAAUAUGAUGCAGGAGAAUUUAUAUUCUAA